AUGUCAUCGUCAGAGAGGAUAAAGGGCAUCCAAGUCCACCGACCGAUCAUCUACGGUUCUCAUGCUAGGUUAUUGACGGACGAAGAGAAGGCGACAGCACCACCAGGGCACACACACCGCUGGACAGUAUUCCUCACUUCGGCUACUUCCCCACCACCCAACAAAUUACCUUCAGGAGAUAUAGAAAAAGAUGAUAUAGACUACUUGCCUGGAGGAGAGGAUGACCUGAGUUAUCUGAUUAAGAAAGUCACAUUCAAAUUACAUGACACUUAUCCUCAACCCAAUCGAGCAUUCGACAAACCACCUUUCAAAGUGACCGAAACAGGUUGGGGAGAGUUCGUCGUUCAAAUUCGUGUCCAAUUUAUCCCCGAAUCGUCCGAGAAACCAUUAACCCUCAACCAUCCUAUCAAAUUACAUCAUUGGGGAUUACCUAUCAAGGGAUUAGUCGCACCUCCUACAGAAGGUAGAGUAGUUACAGGUACAGGUACAGCCAACACUUCUGUGGUCAAUACUCCUGCGCCUGAGCCAAUACAGGAACCUACACCAGCUGCUACGCCUGUACCGCCGGAGAAGAAGGAUGAUGACAACGAGGAAGUAAAGGAAGAAAUCAUCGUAACGCCUGCACCUGUUGGUGAAUCGUCAAACUCGGUUCAGGAAGGUGAAGGAUCGAUAGUCUUAGAACCCACUCAAACAUCAGAACAAACACACCCAGUAAAUGACGAGAUAAUAGUUCAACAAGAUCUUCAACAACAGCAAACAGCAGCUAUGACAGCUAUCUUACCUGUUCAUUCAUGGCAAUACGAUGAGAUUGUAUUCUCCGAUCCACCUAAGAACUUCUUGGAUAUACUUAAUGACCAUCCUCCAAAGGGUUUACCAAAAAUCAACAGAAGAGCUAAAACUCAAAGGGACGAAUAUGAUCCCGGGUCUACCGGUCAGGAGAAGUCAAAGAAGAAUGGUAGACAGAGCGUAUUGGGAUUAAGAGCCAAUACGGAAUUUCAAUCACCCACCCCAUCUGUCAUCGGUGCAGGUGCACGAAACGAAUUGGUAGGGGGAGAAUUGGGAUCGGCGGACGUACCACUCGAAUUUUCGUUGCAGAUGGAAAGAGCGGAAUUCAACAAGUUGGCUGAGGCGAGGAGGAAGAUUGUUGAUCAAAUGGAUAAAUGGAGAGAAAGACUGAUAGCGCAGGAGAAGGAAUUGGCUAAAUUGAAGCAGGAGGUCAAAGGGAUAUAG